UUCCAUUUUUCAAAGCAGUUACAAAUUAUUUCUCUUAUUCAUAUUUCAGGACCUCCUGGCUACCUGGGCCCCCAAGCUGCCUAUCCCGGGACCCAGGCAGGCUAUGCUGGUCCCCAGCCUGGCUACUCGGUCCCACCACUUGGCUAUUCUGGUGGUGGCCCAGUGGACUUUCCUGUCCAACACCAGCCCGUGUAUAAUCAGCCAGGUGGACCUGCAGUGGUACCAUGGAUGCCAGCACCACCACCUCCAUCAAACUGUCCACCAGGGUUGGAAUAUUUAAGUCAGAUAGAUCAGAUACUGAUUCAUCAGCAAAUUGAGAUUCUGGAAGUCUUAACAAGUUUUGAAACAAAUAACAAAUAUGAAAUUAAGAACAGCCUUGGGCAGAGGAUUUACUUUGCAGCGGAGGAUACCGAUUGCUGCACCCGAAAUUGCCUUGGGGCUUCUAGGCCUUUUACCCUGAGGAUUCUCGAUAACAUGGGCCGAGAGGUCAUCACUCUGGAGAGACCACUGCGGUGUACCAGCUGUUGUUGCCCCUGCUGCCUUCAGGAGAUAGAAAUCCACGCUCCUCCUGGUGUUCCAGUAGGUUAUGUGACACAGAACUGGCAUCCAUGCCUACCAAAAUUUACAGUUCAAAAUGAGAAGAGAGAGGAUGUACUUAAAAUUGUUGGUCCAUGUCUUGUGUGCAGCUGUUGUGCAGAUGUUGAUUUUGAGAUUAAAUCUCUUGAUGAAGAAAAUGUGGUUGGCAAGAUUUCCAAACAGUGGACUGGUUUGGUGAGAGAGGCAUUUACAGAUGCCGAUAACUUUGGGAUCCAGUUCCCUUUAGACCUUGAUGUGAAAAUGAAAGCUGUGAUGCUGGGCGCCUGUUUCCUCAUUGACUACAUGUUUUUUGAAAGGAGUGGAAACAGAGACGAGCGAGCAGGCAUAUGGUAGUGGAUUAGUAAAAUUCGCCUCAGAAAAUGUGAAGCCUGCAUAUUGAUUGUUACUAUGUAAAAUUAAAACUCAGUGGGUUUUCUUUUUCUUUAUUGAAAUGACUUACAGCAUAUAUGAAUUACACUGUGAUGCCUAAAGCUCCAGGUAUAUGAUUUCACUUUUCAAAUUAUAGAGAUUAUUUUCUGUAUAACUUACUUAUAAAUGUUUUUAUACAUUUUCGUUGAUUUUAUACAUUUUGUUUUUUGUUGUGCAUUUCAGAGACAGAACA